AUGUCUGAUUCAGUUCCUAUUAAGGAACAAGAUCCAGCUAGGAAACAUGCAACUCCUGUUUCUUCCAAACCUGGUAGUUGGACGUGUAACUAUUGUAAAAAAAUCACAAGCGGUGGAGUACAACGUGCAAAACAGCACAUUGUUGGUGGUUAUAAAAAGGUUACUGCCUGCACUAUGGUUUCCGAUCAUACAAAGGAAGAAGUCAGAAGUUUCAUGCUUAAGAAGGCUGAAGCUAAAGCCACUACUCAAAUGAUGCCACCACCACCCAGUUUAUAUGAUGAGUAUGAGGAAGAUGAAGAUGAAGGUCAGACUAGUAAGCCACCGCCUUCAAAGAAACGUAAGGGUCCAAUGGACAUGUAUGUAUGUCCAACUCCUCCUGAUGUCUUAAAAGUUGUGAAAGAUGCUCAUUUUCUGUUUGAUCAUCUUGAUCGUAUGGUCGAAGAAGUUGGAGAAUCUAAUGUUGUCCAAGUGAUAACUGAUAACGCAUCAAACUAUAUAAAAGCUAGCCAAUUACUAAUGGCGAAUCGACCACAUCUGUAUUGGCUUCUUUGUGCAGCCCACUGCAUCGAUCUCAUGUUGGAGGAUAUAGGAAAAAUUCCUAUGGUGAAGACUGCAAUCAAGAACUGCAUCUACAUGAAUGACUACUUCUAUAGUCACACUUCUCUUGUGAAUAUGAUGAGGAAAUUAACUCAAGGAAAUUUACAUAGACCGGCAGUUACUAGGUUUGCUACAUUGUUCAUCACAUUGUCGCAGUAUCACAAGCAGAGGAAAAACUUGAGGAGUUUUGUAACUUCCCAAGAAUGGAAUGAUUCCAAGUGGUCAAAGGACUUAGGAGCAAGGAACGUGAAGAAGUUCAUUAUGCAAAACAGUUUUUGGCACCAUGUGUUGUAUGCACUCAAGUUGACAAAACCUCUAGUUAAAGUGCUUAGGUUGGUUGACGGAGAGAGAAAACCAGCUAUGGGGUACAUCUAUAAAGCAAUGGAUAGAGCUAAAGAGGCCAUUGCUAGGACUUUCAAUGGGAGAGAAGAAAAGUACAAAGAUGCAUUUGCAAUAAUUGAUAAGCGAUGGGAUUGUCAACUCCAUCAUCCUUUGCAUGCUGCUGGCUACUAUUUGAAUCCAGAAUUUCAAUACAACAAAGAGUCUGGGGUGCAUUGUGAAGAGGUGGAAAAAGGUUUCUACAACACCAUUGAAAGGUUAGUUCCUUCACUUUCAACUCAAGACAAGUUGAUAGUUGAUAAUAUAUAA